ACUAGGAAGGCCGAGUGCCCUCCCCCAGCUGGCACGAUGCAGCUCUCUCUUGCCCUGUGUCUCGUCUGCCUGCUGGUGCAUGCAGCCUUCCGCGUGGUGGAGGGCCAGGGGUGGCAGGCCUUCAAGAAUGAUGCCACGGAAAUCAUCCCUGAGCUGGGCGAGUACCCUGAGCCUCUGCCAGAGCUGAACAACAAGACCAUGAACCGGGCGGAGAACGGAGGGAGACCUCCCCACCAUCCCUUUGAGACCAAAGACGCCUCCGAGUACAGCUGCCGGGAGCUGCACUUCACCCGCUACGUGACCGACGGGCCGUGCCGCAGCGCCAAGCCGGUCACCGAGCUGGUGUGCUCCGGCCAGUGCGGCCCGGCGCGCCUGCUGCCCAACGCCAUCGGCCGCGGCAAGUGGUGGCGCCCGAGCGGGCCCGACUUCCGCUGCAUCCCCGACCGCUACCGCGCGCAGCGGGUGCAGCUGUUGUGUCCGGACGGCGCGGCGCCGCGCGCGCGCAAGGUGCGCCUGGUGGCCUCGUGCAAGUGCAAGCGCCUCACUCGCUUCCACAACCAGUCCGAGCUCAAGGACUUCGGGCCCGAGGCCGCGCGGCCGCAGACGGGCCGGAAACUGCGGCCCCGCGCCCGGGGCACCAAAGCCAACCGGGCGGAGCUGGAGAACGCCUAUUAGAGCUGACCCGCCGUCCCGCGGGCGGCCCCCAACCCAGGCGCCCCAGGUUUCCGCCCCCUGCGCGCGGUUUGAUCGGUUGGGUUUCAUUUUUAAUACCUGCAACCCGGG